AUGGCAUCAAUCAAAGCCAUCGAGGCGAAAUCAGUACACCAGAUCCAGUCUGGUCAAGUCAUCGUUGAUCUUUGCUCAGUAGUCAAGGAACUUGUCGAGAACAGUCUCGAUGCAGGUGCCACGACCUUGGAAGUGCGAUUCAAGAACUAUGGACUCGACCUGAUUGAGGUUCAAGACAAUGGAUCUGGUAUCGACCCCUCAAACUACGCAAAUGUCGCCUUGAAGCACUAUACAUCGAAACUAUCAAGCUACGAUGACCUGUCCAGAGUUCAAACGUUUGGCUUCCGUGGAGAAGCCUUGUCAUCACUAUGUGCGCUUUCGACGUUCUCGGUCACUACUGCGAUGGCCUCGGAAGCACCGAAAGGAACACGGCUGGACUUUGAUAUGAUGGGAAAGCUCAAGUCGACAACAACAGUAGCCAGCGGCAGAGGAACAACAGCCUCCGUAGAGCAGCUCUUUGGCUCGCUUCCCGUCCGCCGCAGAGAACUCACGAAGAACAUCAAACGCGAAUAUGGCAAGGUGGUAGGCCUGCUUCAUGCAUACGCUUGUGUUGGUGUCAAUGUCAAGUUCUCGUUCAAGAAUGCAGUACCGAAAGGCAAAAGCAUGGUCGUCUUCUCUACAAAGGGCAACGCUACGACACGAGAGAACAUCGCGAAUAUCUACGGCGCCAAAACUCUACCAGCGCUGGUGGCCCUUGACCUACAGCUAUCGUUCCAGCCUUCUGCAACGCAACUCGCCAAAGAUCACCAGCAGACGACUCUGGUUGUAAAAGGCCACAUAUCGAAGCCAGUCUUCGGCGAAGGAAGACAGACUCCAGAUCGACAAAUGUUCUUCGUCAAUGGCCGACCGUGCGGUCUACCUCAGAUCGCCAAAGCCAUCAAUGAAGUGUACAAGUCCUUCAACGUAUCGCAGUCGCCAUUCAUCUUUGCAGACUUCCUGAUGGACACGGCGGCGUACGAUGUCAAUGUAUCGCCAGACAAACGGACAAUCCUACUCCACGACGCGGCGGCUUUGAUCGAGAGCCUGAAAGAGUCAUUGACUGAUCUGUUUGACAACCACGAGCAGACUGUGCCACAAUCCCAGUUUCAGACUCCUAAGCUGCCAGUGUUCAAGCAACUCUCCGUGCAAAGGCCUCAAUCAGUAACACCCGAAAGCGAUGUCUCUAGUGAGGGGUCGAGCUCAAGGAAAAGGCGAAGGUUGACAGACGACGACUCUAGUGUAGGUACUACGUCCGACGACCAAGAGGAGGUUGCUGCGCCGAAGAUGGCGUUCGUUGACCAUUUCCGGGAACAGGCUAGCACGCGUGAGGAGAGGGAUCCGGAGAAGAAUGCAAAGCGACAAGCGCGGAUGGAGAUAGAUCAACAGAGAAGGGCACAGAAGGCCAAAGAUGCGCUACAAGAGGCGAAUAAGCAGCAAAGUGGCAUGGACGAGUACGACGACCUUCGCGAGAUGCGAGCGAGUGAAAUUAACCGAAGCCCUGAAGCACCUCCCGAGCACGGAACAAACGAAUCACCCAAAGAUAUUGACGGUCGUGAGAGCAGGCAGCCUGAAAGCAAUGGCACUCACGAGGACCACGAAACCAUAAAUUACGAGCCACCUAUUCCCUCACAAUCGCCCAUCAAAAGGACGAAUACUCCAGGCGUUGUACAGAACGCAUUCGAUCGUAUGAAGCCUCUCCGCCUGCCAACACAGCUAGCGACAAUCGAAGUGGACGGUGUGACGAGUACCGGGAUGAUUGGCACACAAACGCCCAUCGUCCAGAACGCCGUAAGGUCUUCACUCGGAAGGCAGACAACGAGACCAGUCACGAACGACUUUGGCCGGAAGCAAAAGACUACGCUCACACAAUUCUCGCAAAGGCUGCGAAGGUUUGGGGCCGAGGUGCACGAACCUGACACGGGCUCAGACGGAGAGGCCGAAGGAGAUGCAGAGACGGGCGGAGAGUCCCACACAGCUGGGUCCGUUGACGCGUCGGCAGACGAAGCCGCUGAAGAUGUCGUUGCUGACGAUGAAGAGGCGCCGGAACACGUGGGUGAAGCAGAACCAGACGAGCCACCAGAUCCCGAGCCAGGAUCGCAGCACCCCGAGGAAGAGGGAGACAAGGCUGAGGAGGAUGCUCGAGUUGCCGAGUUGAUUCGAGCGGCUGAAGAGACAACAAAGAAGGUUAACAACCAGCGAGCUGUCAAAGCCUUGAAAGGCAUGUUGUCACGCGAUACGACUACGAGUCUUGCCGUGACCGUUGAUGUUUCAAUAGCCGAUCUUCGAGAAGAGAGCCGGGUUCUCUGCAGCAGCGACCGCGUCUGGGCUGGGUGGACCGAAGAAGUCGGCCAGGCCUCUGAUCGAGCUGCGGAUGCUGACGAGGAGGCCAAAUUGGCGUUGACCGUGUCCAAAGCGGACUUUGCAGAAAUGAAGAUAGUCGGCCAAUUCAACCUCGGUUUCAUACUGGCUGUCCGUCCAGCUGCGGCGGGAGCAGAAGGCCACAGGAGGGACGAGCUCUUCAUCAUCGAUCAGCAUGCGUCUGACGAGAAGUUCAACUUUGAGCGACUGCAAGCCGAAACCACCGUUGGCAACCAGAGAAUGGUACGCCCAGUCAACCUUGACCUCACCGCCGUGGAAGAAGAGAUCGUCCUCGAGAACACCCAUGCCCUAGAGAAGAACGGCUUCCUGGUCGAAGUUGACACCAGCGGAGGUCAGCAAAUCGGUCGACGUUGUACGCUGCAUACACUCCCGCUAAGCAAAGAAGUCGUCUUCGACACACGAGACCUGGAAGAAUUGAUUCAUCUUCUCUCCGAGUCACCUAUGCUGGGCAUGGAUUCGGCGGUUCCGCGACCAACGCGGGUGCGCAAGAUGUUUGCUAUGAGAGCUUGUCGGUCGUCAAUCAUGAUCGGCAAGACAUUGAGCAAGAAGCAGAUGAAGACGGUGGUGAUGAAUAUGGGGACGAUUGACAAGCCGUGGAAUUGUCCGCAUGGACGGCCUACGAUGAGGCAUUUGACUAGUCUUGAUGCCUUUGGGUCGUGGUCAGAAGGAGAUUAUGGCGGAGAGGACGACAUGGACCGCGUAGGUGGAGAUGAUAAGAAGAGGUGGACAGAAUAUCUUAAUGAGGAAUGA